AUGCCCCCAGUGGCGCCUCCUAGGACUUCGUCCAACCAUUAUAACACAUCCAGCGGUACUUCCGGCUCGAAGAGGCGCGACUACACCGACGAAAGGUCCACCGCUUCGUCUCGUCGCGGUGACCACGAAACCUCACGGUCGGCCGAUAUAAACGGCAGCAAUACAGCCCACGCCGAAUCAGCCGCUUCGCGAAGCCGGAGAUCUCAUCACCACGCCGCCAUGGCCCAAAGCUCCUCACGUGGAACGUCCAGCCCGCGUGACGGCCAAGGGCCCGGGGACAUGGCCGGCCUCCCUAUUCGAUCACGCGAUGCAUCCCAUCCCACGACGCCGUCGCAGAGGCAACCCUCCCGCGAGGCCAGCGAGGUCCUAAACAAACUCGUCGUUUCUUAUCCCGAAAACGACGUCCAGCGCGAAAAGGCGCCACCCCCGCCUAUCAUCGCCCUGGCAGAGCGUGAUGACAACCGUCGGGGUGGCAGACAUCACGCCGCCCGAAGAGACAAGGUAGUCAAGUUUAGCGACUACUAUCUGGGCAACACUAUUGGAGAAGGCGAGUUUAGAAAGGUCAAGCUCGGCUGGAAACAAGAUAGCGGCAUCCAGGUCGCUAUUAAACUGAUCAAACAAGACACCGUCGGGAGCAAUCCCUCUCGACUAGCCAAGAUUCAUCGUGAGAUUACCAUCCUUCGCGGCAUCCAACAUUCUAACAUUAUCCGGUUACACGAGAUAGUGGAAACCGGGAGGCAUAUUAGAAUCAUUCUCGAGUACGCUUCGGGCGGCGAGCUGUUCGACUAUAUCUUAACCCACCGCUACUUGAAGGAUAACGCCGCCCGGCGACUUUCCGCUUAG